AUGAACGUAAUUGAGGAGGAGCUAGGCACGACCAUAUAUCCCGGGACGGAAAUUAUGGCCGAUGUAGGCACCCAUCACUUCGUGAAGUCCUCAGCCAAGUCCGACCGGGUGCUGGUUCCUCAGCCCUCGCAAGAUCCUCAUGAUCCUCUGAAUUGGAACCGUUUCUGGAAGUUGAGCGCUAUGGCUAUAUCCACUGCAACGUCUUUCAGUCAAGGUCUGGGACCUCUUGCUUUGGCACCCAUGUUCCCACAAUUGAUGGAGUCAUUCAAUUCGGAUCUUGCCGGCGUGGUGCAAUUCACGGGAGUUUGUAUUCUGGUGCUGGGGUUCAGCAAUUUCUUCUGGAUCCCUAUCCAAACAUCCUACGGUCGACGACCCGUCCUGAUCUUCUCGACCUUGAUCUGCCUGGUCAGCAACAUCUGGCGGGCACUUGCAACUUCAUACGGUAGCUACAUGGGUGCAUGCGUUCUCAAUGGGUUUGGUGCUGGUCCAGCAGAGACUUCCCAGCCCGAGAUCAUCGCAGAUAUCAUGUUCCUCCACGAGCGAGGUGCCUAUAACACGCUGUACUUUACUGCCUACUUUGGAUCUUUGAUGGUUGGUCCAAUCAUUGCUGGGCCUAUGGCUGAGCAUAUCGGCUGGCGUAGUUUCUUCUGGCUGAACGUCGGUGUCCUUGGCGUUGUGCUUCUCUUCCAAAUCUUCCUCUUCCCCGAGACUAAAUGGCACCGUGUUCAUCCUGAUGAGGUUGCCCAUGAGGCUACAACUUCGGCGAAUGAUGACUCAGAGAACGAAAAGCCAGUGGAGGCCACCCAGCAAGAAAAUGUCAAUGUGGAAGAUGCCUCUGAGCGAGAUCCAUAUCUACAUAAAGGCCAUCCUUCCAAGCAGCAGUUCAAGCUCUGGCAGCUGGACGGAAACAACAUCAAGACUGUUCUGCUCAGCUUCUGGGUCCCAUGGAAGCUAUUAAGCUUCCCGAUCGUCGAGCUGGCGGCCUUUAUUGUGUCUUGGUCGGCUAGUUGUUUCUUGACGCUGAACCUCACUCAAAGCCAGGCAUUUGCCGAGCCUCCGUACAAUUUCAACAGUCAAACUAUCGGCUUCUUCAACUUUGCUAUCCUUGUCGGAGCGUUCAUCGGCUUGGCCACCAAUGGACCUUUCUCAGAUUGGAUCUCCAUGAAAGCCACUCGCAAGAACCGAGGUAUUCGUGAGCCGGAGAUGCGAUUGCCCGCUAUCGCGAUCUAUAUGGUAAUCAUGAUCAUUGGAAACUUUGUGGUCGCGUUUGGGUAUGAGUAUAAAUGGGACUGGCGGAUCAUUGUCAUCAUCGGAUAUACAGCGGCUGGUAUCCAAGUCGCUGCGCUGCCUGCUAUCGCAAGUACUUAUGCGGUGGACAGCUACAAGCCUGUUGCAGGCUCGAUCUUCGUCUCCAUCACCGUUAACAAGAACUUGUGGGGAUACGGCUUCAGCAAGUUCAUCACCCCGUGGAUUGAGCAGAGUGGGUAUAUCAAGCCUAUCAUGUUGAACAUGAGUUUGACAGCCCUGUGGUGUCUCUGCGCGAUUCCAUUCUACAUUUAUGGAAAGAGAUUCAGAGGAUGGACGGCCAAGUCCUCGGUGCAUAAGAUGUAA